CGUCCUGAGAGGAUGGUCCGGUGCCGCUGCCUGUCUGCUCGGCACUCACUGGCACCCUCGUCCUCAUUCAGUGCCGGCCGUUGCUUGGUGCCCGCCGUGCCCGCCCUCACAGAAUAAGCUUAGCGAUUGUCUUCUGAAUCUGUGAGGCGUAUGUGUCUAAUAUAAGAGACACAGGGAAACAAAGCUCCGGAAAAGUGACUUGAAAGGAAAGAAUUAACUCAAGUUUGCAAUUGCUCGUGGAGGUUGAAAGUGAAACCAUAUUAGUGGUUAGUGGUAUUUUCCUCACUCACCCCAGCGCUCCCUCCCUGCCCCUGGCGAGGCUGAAGACACUCAUGGGACACUAAACCUGAAGGAGGCCCAGCACAAACCCUUUCCCUACUGGACACUGAAUAGAACUCUGGAGUGAACAGCCAACUCUUAGUGGCGUGUACUACCACCACCACCACCACCACCACCACCACCACUUCUGUCCAGCUCCCACACUCGGCACCGACGCAACCUAUUCGAGGCGUCGGGAUGGUCGCCGCCAGGUGUCAUGGACGUUGAAGGCGCAAUAAAACUUGUGACUGCGAAGUGCGUGUCGUGUGUCAGUGUCGUUCUGUAAUCCGUCACUGGGAAAGAUGUGUCACCAGCACUCCCACAGACGGUUGUAUAAGUGAUACGUUGCCGCCCGUGACAAGGUUCAGUGCCAAGGAGUCCCGGGCAGCAUGACGUGGACUCGGCCAGUCUGGUGUGGGCGGGCGGGCGUGGUGUUAGUGGCAGCGGCGGUCCUAGCGGGGGUGGUGGUCGGAGCAGCAUCAGUGGGGGGAGGCAACACACACCAGGUUAUCCAGGACGACACUCUGCACCAUCCCCACUCCCCCUGGUACCGCCAUGCCCGCGCUCGUCGCCUCGCCAAUCCCCCUAGCAGGGACUCCGAGUCCGCUGGGGACACCGGCGACGUGGGCGGCAUUCUGCUACAUGCGAACGCUUCCACGCCCUCCGGAGAGUUGAAUACAACCCGAGGCAGCGGAGCAAAAACCGAGGACCGUCGGGAGGCGCGGAGAAGAGGGAAAUCCCGCGAAAAUGUGCUUUUAUCUGCCGGCGAAGACCGUAGCUACAACACGUUCAUAGAUGGCAGGAGGCUCGGUAAGAGGUCGUCGCGGAUGGAAAAGUGUGCCAUCGAGCCGCCCAAGGUGAAGCGGCCCGGGGACCCAGACACCGACGACCGCGUGAUCGACGUAGCGGUGAUCGUGCCCUGCAAUGAGUCCCACCAGUACUCCCGCAUGAAGGUGCUGCCGGUGGUGGAGUUAGCCGUGCGCUACCUCGAAGAAAAUGGCCUUCGUGGUCCAUUAGAGAACUACUCCAUUAAAGUGCGCUACAGGGACUCCAGGCUCUCCUCCACCUACGGACCUCUGGCUGCCGUUGACCUCUUCUUCAAUAAUUCUGCCGAUGUGUUCCUGGGCCCUGUGGAAGCUUACGUCCUGGCUCCGGUUGCCCGAUUUUCCGGCGCCUGGAACGUACCCCUGCUUACCCCAGGCGGUCAACCCAAUGCCUUCGACACUCGCAAGGACUACCCGCUGCUCACGCGCCUCAAGGGCUUCUACACGGAGGUCGGGGAGCUCUUUUCCUCCGUGGUGAAGGAAUGGGACUGGAAGGUUCUGGGUCUCCUUUACGAGGACACGGACGAGUCGCGGGGCAAGUCUGUGUGUCACUUUACCUUGGAGUCCAUCUACACGUCGUUCACACAGAAGCCCCACCACGAGCGUUUUGAGCCGAAGAUUAGCAACUUUACGCAGCUGCUCAUGAAGUUCCACGAUAAAGCAAGGAGCCGCCAAUCGAACGUCCUGGUGAUCUGCGGCUCCCAAUCCAACGUGAGGCGUAUUAUGUUGGCGGCGGCCGAGCUCAACAUGGUGGCCACUGGGGAGUACGCAUUCUUCAACGUGGAGAUCUUUACAGGCACGUCAUCUAACUUCAAGCCGUGGCACAACGCCAGCGACACGCCCGAGAGGAACCGGCUGGCCAAGAAGGCGUAUGAGGCGGUGCUGAUGGUGACGGCUCGCAGUCCCAGCAGCCACCGCUACCGCAACUUCUCCAGCCAGGUGAAGAAGAUCGCAAGAGAGGAGUUCGAGUAUUCAGCUUACGAGGACGAGACAGUGAAUCCCUACGUGGCGGGCUUCUUCGAGGGCCUGCUGGUGUACGCCGCGGCGCUCAACACCACUCUGCAACAGAACGGCUCCAUCACCGACGGCAGGCACAUCAUCAGCAAUAUGUGGAACAGAACCUUUGGCGCUGACGUGGUGCCGCCCUGGUUUACAAGCAACAUCUCCAUUGACGAACACGGCGACAGGAAGGCGGACUACACACUCCUUGACAUGAACUCCUUCACCGGCAUCUUCGAGCCUGUGGCGACAUACUACGGCGAGAGCGGCAGUCUGGAGUUCACCGCCAACAUCACGUGGCCAGGAGGGAGUCCGCCGAGAGACAUGCCGCGGUGUGGCUUCGACAACUCGCUGUGCCCUGAGACCACUGGUCCGUGGAGCAUCGUGGCGGGCCUGCUGGCGCUGCUGGUGGUGGUCAUGGCGGUUGGCAGUGUCUUCAUAUACAGGCACUACAAGCUGGAGGCAGACCUGGCCUCCAUGACGUGGCGCGUCUCCUGGGAGGACGUGGAGAUCACAGACAUGACCAAGAGAGGAAAAUGUGGCUCCAAGAUCUCCGUGGGCAAGAUUAGCAUUACUACGUGUGCCUCGGUGGACUCCCUGGUGGAGAAUCGCCAGGUGUUCAUCCGCACUGGCAAAUACAAGGUGCAUGGCCUCACUAGACAGGGCGUCACGGUGGCCAUCAAAAAGCUGAACAAGGACCGCGUGGAGCUUGACAGACCCAUGCUCAUCCAGCUCAAACGGAUGAAGGACCUUCAGUAUGAGCACCUGGCGAGGUUCAUCGGAGUGUGCGUGGAUCCGAAGCCUUACUGCGCCUUUUUCACUGAGUACUGUCCCAAAGGCUCCCUGCAGGACAUCCUGGAGAACGAAGACGUGCAGCUGGACUCCAUGUUCAAGAUGUCUCUUAUGCAUGACAUCGUGAAGGGGAUGGCCUUCCUGCACUCCAGCGAACUUCGGACACAUGGCAACCUCAAGUCCAGCAACUGUGUCGUAGACUCGCGCUUCGUCCUCAAGCUCACCGACUUCGGACUUCACAGCCUCAGGGAGAGCGAGAGUCAGUCCCCAGACUACCACGUGUUCUGGAAAAGCAAGCUAUGGACAGCCCCAGAAAUCCUGCGCAACCAAAACCCGCCCGCGGAAGGAACUCAGAAAGCGGACGUGUACUCCUUCGCCAUCAUUGUUCACGAGAUAAUCUACAGGAUGGGCGCCUUCUACGUCAAGGAUGAGAGUCUCUCCGCGCAGCAGAUAGUGGAGAAUGUAAAGAACGGUGGUGUGACUCCGUUCCGGCCCAGCACGGAGGACGAGGUGGCGGAGGAGGAGGUGAUGCAGAUGAUGAAGAAGUGCUGGGCUGAGGAGUGCAUGGAGCGACCCGACUUCCAGCAGCUCAAGACUAUCAUUCGUCGACUCAACAAGGAUAACGAGUCUGGCAACAUCCUGGACAACCUGCUGUCCCGCAUGGAGCAGUACGCCAACAACCUAGAGGCGCUGGUACAGGAGAGGACCGCAGACUAUCUGGAGGAGAAGCGUCGAUGCGAGGAGCUCCUAUACCAGCUGCUGCCGAAGUCGGUGGCCAGCGCGUUAAUUCAAGGCCAGAGCAAGAUCGCGGAGACCUUCGAUUGUGUCACCAUCUAUUUCAGUGACAUCGUCGGGUUCACAGCGCUCUCCGCCCAGUCAACGCCAAUGCAGGUGGUGCAUCUCCUCAACGAUCUGUACACGCGAUUCGACGCCAUCAUUGAGAACUUCGACGUCUACAAGGUGGAGACCAUAGGUGAUGCGUAUAUGGUGGUAUCAGGACUGCCAGUGAGGAACGGUACCGCUCACACACGAGAGAUCGCCAGGAUGUCCCUGGCACUGCUGAGGGAGGUAGAGACCUUCACUAUCCCCCACCGACCUGAGGACAAGCUGAAACUGAGGAUUGGAAUGCACACGGGGCCUUGCGUGGCCGGCGUGGUAGGCCUCAAGAUGCCCCGCUAUUGCCUCUUCGGCGACACUGUCAACACCGCCUCCCGAAUGGAGAGUAAUGGACAACCACUGAAGAUCCAUGUCUCACCCUUCACCCAGAAAUUACUUGCUGAGCACUACCCGUCCUUCGUGUUGGAACUGCGAGGCGAGGUUGACAUGAAGGGCAAGGGGAGGAUGAAUACCUACUGGCUGCUUGGAGAAAACGAUUCUGGAGCUUAAGGUGCAUCGUCUGUCCCUCCCACAAAGACUCCAACGUCCAGCAGGCCACUGUCUGCGGCCCCCACGCCUCCGCCGCUCAGGGUCAUAGCACCCACCACCCCUGAGAAGCCCAUCACUAGAUGGAUUCAAGGAUCCCUUUCCCUUCUGUCUCCAGGCACCGCGACGCAGUCCUCACGCCUCGCACCUUAGCGCUCUCCUCAACCCGGCAUCACCGAAAGCUUGCAAGAUGUUUAUAAGCCUUGCAUAUUUCUCGUCUAGUAGCGGCACAUAUGUGCGGGAUUCAGUAGGUUAUCAAAUAUAAUGUUCUAUGAUAGAUGCUCAUUGAAGGAAACUAAAAGCCAACGUGAUAACGUUUACGUGCCGCCAGUCGUUUAACCUUGUGGACUGCGCCAACUGUUAAUAGAAAAUUAUUUAUUGAGUACCAGUUUGAUUGUGUAGAUAGCCCCAGGAUGAUUCAUCCUGAAGGAGCCGCAGAAAACUCUGAACUGGGGCCAGUGUGGGGCACUUGUUGGAGCGGGGAUGGGUUCUAGCGCAGCACGUGGAUCCCUUGGAUAGCGUAUAUUCUCUUCUGGCAUCACGCCCUCCACCAGGACCAAACGCCUCCAUGAGUAGCAGCAACCUUCUCGCCCCUUGCCACAGACGUCGGCAAAGGAACGGCCGUCAGAAGGUUUUGGGGAUCUUUGUUCGAAGACGAGGUAUCUAUUUGUUAUCUUUAUUAAAAUAAAAAGAUAUUGAUGGGUCCGUUGCCGCGAAACUCACAUUUAUCAUAUCAAGGACAAUUUGUGUCAAAUUUGUUUAGAAUGUUAGAGUUCAUGUAGACCGGAUGUCUUUUGUGUCGCUGGUUAAUGGCGUGUGUCAGGGCUCGAAGUUCUGUCGGUGUUGCUAUGUUUCCAGGCCAGUUUAGUUCCACUCGUUCGUUUCAAUAUGUGUAGCUGUAGGUAUGGCAGCGUUUUUAUAAGGUGUUCAGUGUAGCUAAUACGGCUUGCUAGCCGAUGUUAAAUCAUGUUUCAAAACGCUUUUUAUGUAAACUUAAUGUUUGUACUGUCAUCUGCAUUUCGUUUGUUUAUUUUCUAUCAUUCAAAUGAGUUUUUCGAGUGCAGCACACAAGUUCGUACACUUGUAUCCAAAUAUGUCCAGACUAUCAAACGGCGACUCCUGGCAACGAUGCGCUCCUUUAAUGGAGAGAAGUGUCUGCCUUCACGAUGAGACUGCAGAGCUGGUUGUUGUCUGGACGAAGGGCAAUGGGCUGAUUUCCAAAAAACUAGUCCUGGAACUCCAGAUCCUCCCUCCCUACUUCCCCUUUCCAGUCUACCUUUAUAUUUAUCUUUCCACUCCUUGACAAAGUUCAUUCAUUUUCACCUAUGCCUAGGUCUGGGGAGUUUUCUUGGUUUCUCCAUCCCUCUGUUGACCAACUUCCCCGAGAGCCUCUCUAACACGCAUUAGAGCGUCAGCCCCUCGCUGGCCCUCGGGCACAACGCCCCGCUCCGGAAACAGCACUUCAAUCGAAAUUUACUGGUAUAUUUGAUGAACAAAGUAAGACCCUGAUAGCGAUUUUAUUCGUGGCAAGUACUUGACUUUCUUGAAGACAUAAAUUAAACGUGUUUUCUUAUGACUGCAUCACGACCAUUGGUAUUAAAAAUUCUGACAGGAUUCGAGCAUUUAAGUUAUUGCAUAAUUUAUGUAGGUGUGUCCAUCAUCAUAGUUAAUUUAUUGCUAUUUAGCAAACUUCAUGGUGUCGUUAUAAUAUCUAUGUUAUGUAUAAAAUAAUAUGAAGUUUGUUCUAUAGCAGAUAAAUGUUAUAUUAAUGGAUCUUUUAGCAUCAUGGCAAGAUUCACGUAAACCUUAGCGUCAGGCAGUGACGUGGGUUUCCUAAGACACUGACCUACUCGACACCGCAGUCUCGCGGCACCGCAGCUCCGAUGCCGCGCCGUGCCCUACCUUCUCCUCCUGCAGCCACUCAGGAGUGUAAAACCUGCAAGAUAUAUUUUUCUCGCGGCUGAAUCUUUCUUCAAUAUUCAUCUAGUCUCUCUCAGAGUUUGGCUGCUCUGUAUUUUACCAAUAAAUACAUUCUAUUAAUAUAUACUUGAUAAAGACACAGAAUUAUUACUAUGUGUGAAUAAUAUUGUACAAAUGCUCGUGUUUUCGUAGAAAAAUAUAUUUCCACGGAAUUCUCUUCACCGCCCCAAUAGAUGAUUCAUGUUCAGUGUUGGCGUAGCCAAGGCAUCAGUGUAUAGAAUCACUGUUGCAGUUUAGCAUAAGGUACUAUAAUUUACAGAGCUGCAAAAAAUAGUCAAAUUGUAGCAGAGUCGACAACUGCCCUGUAUACCUACACACACAGAGGGUGGAGUAAAGUCUGAUGGACAGGCGAUCAUUACUUGAUUUCACAGGUAAUCAGUGAGCAGGGUGGGUGGGCAGAGUACUUUGCAGUCUGCCCGGUUCCCGCUCGCUGAUCACUCGUGACGAGGCCUUUCUGUUAAGUAGAUCUACUCCUGAGCCCCACCCUACAAAGCGUGUGUGUAAGUCAACAGUCUUGACAUAUACUAAUAAGUAAAUAGAUAACCUCCAGCGGUCCUAGAUUACGGUCCCUUGAGGAACGAGGAAUGAGCAUUGUGCAGGCCGGCCAAGCGUCAUGCCCUGCGCCACCCACCUGUCAAAUGGGCACCGGCCAGGCGCGGCGCUAUGUAAGUAUGUAUACUAAACAUGACAUGUUCAGUAUGUCCAAAUAAAUUAUUGUCAACUACUG